CUCAUUCUCCCCAUCUCUAUACAAUAUUAUUUCUUCCGUACCUCCCCUCCGAGAUUUUCUCUUUAUUUUACUAACCAAAUAAAAUAAAAUAAAAAAUCGAUUUUAUUUUAACUUGCUUAUGGAUCAUCAGCAGAUUUUUCCGUCUGGCCGCGGCGGCGGCGGCGGCGGCGGUAACAAUAUUCUCCGGGCGGCGGUGUUGGCGGCGGUGAUGGUGGUGUUGGGCGGAUACCUUCUAGUGUGGGUGAUGAUGCCCACAACUGCUUACUUUCAAACAUGGCUGCCGCUGCUCAGAGCCAAAACAGCCACCACUUAUUUUGGGACUACUCAGGGUGCAACUUGUUUGGUGUUCACUUCGCCUGUCCUCUUUGUGGCUUUGCUGGGCUGUGUGUAUCUUCAUUUUGGCUCUGCCUCUGUUAAAGGAGGUGCGAAGGUCGACGAACGAGUGCAGAUAUGGCGGCGACCGAUGAUCAUCAAAGGCCUCGGGAUCGUGUCGCGGAUAGAGCUCGCCUUCUUCCUCAUGUUCAUGGCGCUCCUCGCUUGGAAUCUCGCCGCCUAUCUGCGCAACAGCUUUGCCGCAAUCACGCCCAAAUCCGCCGCGAAAUUAGGGUUGAAACUGUGGGAAAUCCGGCUGGACACGGCGGCGCUCCGCCUCGGUCUGGUCGGAAAUAUUGCCCUAACUUUCCUAUUCUUCCCGGUGACACGUGGCUCGUCGGUUCUGCCUCUGUUCGGCCUCACUUCUGAAGCGAGUGUGAAGUAUCACAUCUGGCUUGGCCACAUUGUCAUGACCUUUUUCACUGCUCAUGGAGUCUGUUACGUCGUUUUUUGGGCUUCCACCAACCAAAUUUCAGAGAUGUUGGAAUGGAAGAACACAGGGAUCUCCAAUGUAGCAGGAGAACUAUCUCUAUUAGCAGGAUUAGUCCUCUGGGCCGCGACAUUCCCGCGUAUACGGCGAAAGAUGUUCGAGCUCUUCUUCUACACUCAUCACCUCUACAUCUUAUUCAUCAUCUUCUUCGUGCUCCAUGUUGGCAUCAGCUACGCCUUCAUCAUGCUCCCGGGCUUCCUCCUCUUCCUAAUCGAUCGCUACCUCAGGUUCUUGCAGUCGAGGCGAAGCAUUCGCCUCAUCUCCGCUAGAUUGCUCCCUUGUGAAGCCAUGGAACUCAACUUCUCCAAAAGCAAAAGUUUGAGCUAUACACCGAUGAGCGUCAUGUUUGUGAAUGUGCCAAGCUUAUCGAAGUUGCAAUGGCAUCCUUUCACCAUUACUUCGAGUACUAAUUUGGAGUCGGAUAAGAUAAGUGUGAUGAUCAAAGGGGAAGGAAGUUGGACUCGUAAGCUUUACGAAUCGCUCGGUUCUUCGCCUUCUUUGUCAAAUCACCUUAACGUCUCCGUCGAAGGCCCAUACGGGCCUUCAUCGACGCAUUUCCUAAGGCACGACGUGGUGGUGAUGAUAAGCGGGGGUAGCGGGAUAACCCCAUUCAUAUCCAUCAUCCGCGAGCUCGUCUACACGAGCGAGAUACUAAAAUGCAAGAUCCCGAAACUUCUACUCAUCGCCUCGUUCAAGAAAUCGGUUGAUUUAACCAUGCUCGACCUCAUUCUCCCGAUCUCCGGCAUCCCAACCGACCUAAUCACAACCGGAUUACAAAUCGAGGCCUUCGUGACAAGAGAGAAACAACCAAACCCCCAACAAAAGAAGCCCAUCCAAACCAUAUGGUUCAAGUCCAACCCGUCCGACGUACCCCUAACCCCCGUGUUAGGCCGAGACAACAAUUGGCUAUGGCUCGGCGCCAUAAUCACCUCAUCUUUUACUAUCUACCUCAUUUCCAUCGGAAUUUUGACUAGAUAUUAUAUAUACCCGAUCGACCACAACACUAACAGGAUAUACUCCUCCGCGGCUAGAGGCGUGCUCCAUAUGUUGUUCCUUUGCAUUGGCAUAGUUAUUGCCGCGACUAUAGCUUUUCUUUGGAAUAAGAACAAUAGUGCAAAGGAGACAAAUCAAAUUCGGACCACGGAAGGCCCUACACCUAUGGCCACGCCCGACUCGUCGUGUUACAAUGUGGAUAGAGAGCUCGAGAGCUUCCCUCAACAAUCGCUCUUGCAAUGCAUCCAAGUGCAUUACGGCGGAAGGCCCGAUUUCAAGAAAUAUCUAUUGGAUCGGAAGGAAGGAAGCGUGGGAGUUCUUGCUUCCGGGCCGAAGCAAUUGAGGCACGACGUGGCGAGGAUAUGUUCUUCGAGUUUGGCGUCGAAUCUGCACUUCGAAUCCAUCAGCUUUAGCUGGUGAUGAGAGAUAUAUAUAAGUUUAGUAUACAUACAAUACAUAGAUCAAUACAUCAAAAGAUGGGUAUUUGUUUUUGUAUGAUGGAUGGGUUGAAGUGUGUUGUUUUUUUGUGGUGGACUGGUGCUGUUUUGGAAUGGAUGUUUCUGUGCUUCAUUCACCUUCUCAUACAUAUUGUGUUGGUAAGUUUGUUCGUGUGAAAAUAUUCAAUUAUCAAUAAUGAGUGAAAUCCUCCUCCUUCCA